AUGCCUUGUCAUCCUUUCAUUUUAGCCGGUUGUGAAAAUGGUUGCUCCCGCCACGGACAGUGUACCUUGGAAAAUGGCGAAUAUCGCUGUGAUUGCAUUGAUGGUUGGGCAGGCUCCGAUUGUUCGAUUGCAUUGGAAAUGAACUGCAAGGACAAUAUCGACAACGAUGGCGAUGGCAUGACCGAUUGUUCGGAUAGUGAAUGCUGUUCGCAUCCUGCUUGUUCCGAGCAUAUUAUGUGUCUCUCCUCAAAUGAUCCCGUUGAAGUACUUCUACGGAAACAGCCUCCUUCCGUUACGGCUUCCUUCUACCAACGAGUAAAGUUUUUGAUCGAAGAAAAUUCGGUGCAAUCCUACGCUCACAUGGACGAGUACAGUGAAAACCGAGUUUCAGUCAUGCGCGGACAGGUCAUAACCCCACAAGGAUUAGGGAUUGUUGGCAUACGUGUUUCCGUGGAUCGCGAUUCUAGGUUUGGUUUCACUCUCACAAGACAAGGAGGCUGGUUCGAUGUGCUCGUCAAUGGUGGCGGUGCUGUUACGCUGCAGUUUCAGCGCUCGCCGUUUAGACCACUAACUCGGACUGUAUUUGUGCCUUGGAAUCGCAUUGUUGUUCUACCACCCGUGCAAAUGCAGCUAAGCGACGAUGAGGAGAGCACCACCAGAAACGUGCGUGUGGCGCCGCUAAAUCCAGCAUUGACCUUCCUCAAUUCAAUACUGUAUCACUUUGCUGAUGAACAAGUGGAUUCCAGCAAAAUCUGUGUGGAACACGAUCAUGAAGAGUUGAAACCGCAAUUAAUUAGCACUUGGAUGCCAAAUGGUGUGGGUGCCAUGCCAGGCAAACGUGUCAUAUUCGCAGAGACGCAGAUUGUGCAAGAAUCUAUACAAAUACCUGGCUCUGAUCUACAUUUGACUUACCAAUCCUCGCAAGCUUCUGGUUACUUAAGCAUCGUUCGAAUGCGUCUUACAUCAGAGCAAAUACCGAAGACCUUAACACAUGUGCAUGUUGGUGUGGAAAUCGAAGGUGCAUUGCACGUAAAGACUUACGAAGCUGAUCCGAAUCUUAUACACACCUUUGCAUGGAAUAAACGCAAUGUUUACCGCCAGAAGGUGUACGGUGUCACCAUAGCACGUAUCUCAGUUGGUUAUCAGCACUCAACUUGCAAAAUGCCAGUUUGGAUUACGCAAACUGCUAAGCUGCAAGGUUACGACGUGGAUAUAUCUGACAUUGGUGGCUGGGGCUUGGACAUACAUCACCACUACAACUUCCAUGAGGGCAUAUUGCAAAAAGGUGAUGGCAGCACUUUACACAUGAAAGAAUAUCCACGCACAGUUAAAGUGGUCAUGGGUACAGGACUGCAGAGGCCUUUAAUAUGUCCCGAUCACUGUAAUGGCGUUGCUAAGGAUGCAAAACUAUUAACGCCAAUCGCGUUAGCUUCUGGUCCUGAUGGAAGCUUAUAUGUUGGAGACUUUAAUUUAGUGCGUCGCAUAACACCAGAUGGAAAAGUGUUUACUAUUUUACAACUCAGCACCACACAGGUCUCUUAUCAAUAUUACCUAGCAGUGUCACCAGCAGAUGGACAUUUAUACAUAUCAGAUCCAGAACGGCAUCAAAUAUUGCGUUUACUGCGCCUAGAAAAGGUUAAAGAUCCAAGCAUCAAUAGUGAACCGAUUGUGGGUAGCGGUCAGCGUUGCAUUCCAGGUGAUGAGGGUAAUUGUGGUGAUGGUGGCCCAGCACUGCAAGCACGUUUAUCACAUCCCAAAGGUCUAGCCAUAGCAGCUGACCGAACUAUGUACAUAGCAGAUGGCACAAAUAUACGCGCUGUUGACCCCAAGGGAAUAAUACACACGCUUAUUGGACAUCAUGGUCAUCACAAUCACUGGAGUCCAGCUCCUUGUUCGGGCACGCUAAUGGCCAACCAAGCACAAUUACAGUGGCCUACUGGAUUGGCACUUAGUCCAUUAGAUGGCUCACUACAUUUCAUAGAUGAUCGUUUAGUUUUGCGACUCACCUCCGAUAUGAAAAUACGCGUCGUUGCAGGCACGCCACUACACUGUAAUAGCGGCCAAGACAAGACAAACAAAACCACAGACAAUGUAUUAGGGACGGUGUUGGCUAUGGCCUUUUCACCAUUCGGAGAUCUCUACAUAGCAGAUAGCGAUUCAAGGCGAGUGAACUCAAUACGUGUCGUCGAUACUGCUGGAAAUAUGCGCUAUUUUGCUGGCAAACAGGAGGGCACCGGUUCACUAACCUGUGACUGUUCCAAUGGCAACAGUGUGAAUGGUACAACGACAAGCGCAGCAUCUUCAGUUGGCUCAGCAGGCAACGCUUAUUCAACGACAGUGAAUCCUACACGCAAUAAUGGUGGUACGACUCCCACUACACCAUCUGGUGGUGCAUUUAGUGGAAACGGAAAUGGCGGUAUCGGUACAAAUGGUAAUGGCAAUGGCAGUGGUGGAGCCUGUGUAUGCAGCGGCGUAACUACUGGAUUGUCAAGCAUUGUGCCUGGUGGUAAUUUAAUGUCAACUGGACCCACAACAACCACAACUGUAUUGCUCGGCGCUAAGGCAACGACUGCUGCAAAUGGAGGCACUCCCCUAAAUGAUGAUGGCACUUUGAGCAAUGCCGAGACGUUGCUAUCAUCGAAUGCACGUUUCCAAGCGAUUUCGGCAAUAGCAGUUGCUCAGGAUGGCGUUAUUAAUGUCGCAGAUCAAGGCUCUCUGCAUGUUCUCGCAUUGGAACAUUAUUUGCCAUCCCAUGACGAGAAUGGUGAAUUCCACAUUCCAUUCCCACCUUCCAGUGAAAUUUAUGUAUUUAAUCGGUAUGGUCAACAUGUUGCUACAAAAGAUUUGACUUCUGGCAAGACGCGUUAUAGUUUUCUAUAUUCAAAGAACACUUCAUUUGGUCGUCUAUCCACAGUAACAGACGCAUCUGGCAAUAAAAUACAAUUCCUGCGCGAUUACAGCAACGUCGUGAGUUCCAUUGAAAAUACUCAAGACCAUAAAUCGGAAAUCCAAAUCAACGGCAUUGGCAUCAUGACAAAGUUAAGUGAGAAGGGCAGACAAGAAAUAGAGUUGGACUAUGAUAGCAACACUGGUCUGCUAAUGUCUCGUUCUUCUGGCGGCGAAACGUAUAUUUAUCAGUAUGAUGAAUUUGGACGUGUGACCGGCAUGAUUCUACCCAGUGGGGAAAUAGUCCGCAUAACAUCUCAGUUGGCUGAUAACAAGGGUUUGACAGUUUAUGUGCACGCAUCCGUGGAGUCAUUGUUUUCACGUGAACGUGGCGAGACAAAUGAGUUGUUGGUUUUGGGUGGCGUGCGUUCAACAUUCAUGAAAAAGGGACGAGAAAAUGCCGAUGCUGAAAUCAAACCAAAUAACACUUUGGUUAUACACAGUGCUAAUGGUGUUAUGGUUGAGUCAUCCGCUGUUGCAAGACAUCCAUUGUUAGAAGCAGCCUUGCCUGUUGAAGCAGAAAUGUUGGCUAUGUGGUCGCAUCAGAGUGUGACAAUGGGAGAAGGUUUAACAAAUAAUAUGUAUUCGGUAUUCAAUUUGGUAGGUGACGUUCGUAAUCCACAGCAGACCUUAAACCGUGAAAUAUGGGUUAAUCAAUCGCGCGUUAUUGGUGUAGAGUUUGAUCAGUUCACGAAUCGUGAAACAUUCUAUGAUAUGAAUCGCACUCCGAUAUUGAUAGUAGCCUAUGAUCAAUCUGGAUUACCGAAGUCCUACUAUCCCACAAAUGGUUAUCCAGUAAAUAUAACAUAUGAUCGUUUCAAUCGCAUAGAAGGUUGGGCUUGGGGUCCAGCAGAGCUGAAAUACUCUUACGAUCGUCAUGGACUGUUAUCUGAAAUCACUUCACAGCAAGAUGGCAUUAUAUCUUUUGUAUACAAUGACUGGAAUUUAGUCUCCGAAAUCGGUUUAGCAAGUCAACGGAAAUUCGUGUUGCAGUACGAUGAGUCAGGUGGCUUAAGGCAUGUAGUACUUCCCUCAGGAACAAAACACUCCUUUAGUAUGCAGACUUCGAUUGGUUUCAUUCGCUGUACCUAUACUCCACCAGGCAGCACACGUGCUUAUCUUCAACAUUAUAGCCAUUCAGGAGCAUUAUUGCAGACCAUAUUUCCUGGUGAUGGUGCACGUAUUGUGUAUCGCUACAAUGCGGCAGGACAGUUGACAGAAAUAGUACAUGGUGAUGGUAAAAGUGAAUUUUUGUACAACGAUUCUACGGGUAUGCCCAGUACUGUAUCACAUACUGAACGUGAACUUGAAUAUCGUUGGGACUUUGAAUACACCGGCGGUUUACUAACAGAGGAACGUAUCGAUUACAUAGCUAAAACGGGACUCAGUAAUGCUAAGUUUACAUAUGAAUACGAUACUGAUUUUCGUGUUAUAUCAAUACAAGGAAGAAUUGGCGGACAAAAUUUGCCGGCACAAAACUUUGCAUAUGACAUGCGCACUGGUCAUCCAAAUCUAAUUGGACAGUUUAAAGUAAUGCAUCCCUUAUUAAAUCAAACGUUGGUCUAUGACGGCACUGCAAGUUUCACACGUACGGUAGAUGGUCGUUUUAUGACGCAAAAAGUAACACUUUCCAUACAUCGGUUGGAAGUGUUCCGUAUGGAGUAUUCUUUCGGUGUUCAUGGACGUAUCUCUCAAACUCGCACUUACACCAGAAAUAUGGCGGUUAACACUUACACAAAUGUCAAAAAUUAUACUUGGGACUGUGAUGGGCAGUUAAUAGGCGUUGAGGCACAAGAACCUUGGGGAUUCCGAUAUGAUGACAAUGGAAAUUUGCUCUCUCUUACGUAUCGUGGCAAUACCAUACCAAUGGAAUACAAUACACAAGAUCGUAUAGUGAAAUUUGGUGAAGGCCAAUACAAGUAUGAUGCACGUGGUCUUGUGGCGCAAAAUGCGCGCGAAGAACGCUUCCAUUACAACACUCAGGGUCUUCUUGUACGUGCUACUAAACGUGGACGCUUCGAUGUGCGUUACUAUUAUGAUCAUCUGAAACGAUUAACCACACGUAAAGAUAAUUUUGGUAAUGUUACACAAUUUUUCUACAACAACCAACAGCGACCGUAUGAAGUAUCGCAGAUUUACUCACCGCGUGACGGUAAAUUGAUGUCAUUAACUUACGAUGAUGUUGGGCACUUAAUCUACGUACAAGUAUACAGGCACAAAUAUUACGUAGCCACCGAUCAGAGUGGAACGCCUAUUAUGAUAUUCAAUCAAUACGGUGAAGGCAUACGUGAAAUUAUGCGUUCACCAUUUGGUCACAUCGUUUACGACUCCAAUCCGUACUUGUAUUUGCCCAUUGAUUUUUGCGGUGGCAUACUGGAUCAAGUAACUACCCUCGUGCAUAUGGGAGAUGGUCGCGUUUAUGACCCACUUAUUGGUCAGUGGAUGUCGCCUAAUUGGGAACACGUAUCUGAGCGCAUAAUAACACCAACUAAAAUGCAUUUGUACCGUUUCAAUGGAAAUGAUCCCAUCAACGUUGGUCAUGAUCGCUACUAUCCGGCUGAUUUCUCAACUUGGAUGCAAAGGCUUGGUUUUAAUGUAAACAAUUUAGUACCGCAGUUGACGCGUAACUUAUGGGAGCAGCCCUCGCUUUGGGGACGUGCAGCAAAUAACCCAAUUGCAUUAAAUAUGAAACGACCCAUAGACAAUAUACCAACAAUGGCAGUUGAAAGUGGCUUCCUUGCACACUUAAACGUACGACGCAUGUCGAGCUUUGAAGAUCUUUCUGCACCACCAAAAUCAGCACUUAAAUUUGACGUUAUGAAUCCAACCCCUAGAAAUAUUGGCUCUGAUACGGAGCCACCAUUCGGAAAGGGAAUUGUAGUAUCACGUACAAGUGAUGGUCAAGCCAUAGUGUCAAGUGUGCCAGCCGCUAAUGCAAUUUAUCGCGAUGUAUACACUUCUGUCUUCAAUCGCUCCAAAUUGUUGCCAUUCACGUUUGUAGUGCAUAAUGCACAACAAGAUUCAUUUUUCUUUGUAAAAGAAGAAUCAUGGCGUGCAAGUGAAGACCGCCAGCAGUUGAAACGUUUGCAAGGGCAAGUCAAUACUACAUUCCAUGAAAUCACACGAGAAAAUGGCAGUGGCAAUAAUUAUUUGGAUGUGAAAAUACAUGGUGCGCAUGCCAUUAUUAAUUUACGUUAUGGCACCACAAUUGAUAAAGAGAAGCAGCGCUUGAUGCAUCAUGCCAAGUUGACAGCAGUGCGCAAGGCAUGGCAUCGUGAGAAGGAAGCGCUACGUAACGGCCUAACAACGGCUUUAGAAUGGACCCAGCAAGAAAUUGAUGAAAUAUUGAAACAAAGCUAUGCUAACAACUACGAGGGAGAAUACAUACACGACGUGACGCUGUAUCCGGAAUUAGCCGAGGAUCCAUAUAAUGUAAAAUUUAUCAAGAAAAAAGGAGCAACUGGCGGAGCGGCAGGAGUACCAAACACAAGUAGUAGACGAAGAAGAAGUGUGGAUAAUAGAGAUUCGCAGCUUGAAAAUAUAAAUGAAAGGAAGAAACCGCAAUACGUUUUACGUGUAACAAGGGCGAAUAAUGCGGGGAUUGACGACUGCACAACCAAUCGGUCUUGUUAGUUUUCAACUAAAAUACUAGAUAGUAGCCUCAAAUUAUAAAAGUUUUUUGAUAAUGAUGGAUAAACCUGUAAGUGAAAAACCUACUAUUAAAAUGAGCGUAUGUGGUAUAAGAAAUUAUUUAAUAUAUAAAUAAAUAUAAAAAUUAAAAAUAU